UCGGGCGGCGCGUGGCGAAGACCACCGGAUUCCACCUCGAGAGUCGAGACCUACCUGUUCAACCCACCCUUCACCGCUCCCCCAAUCGAGAAAAUUAAGAACGAGAAGGUGAAGUUAGGGCUGAGAUUGGCGGGUACUGUGAUCACCGCCGGUCUGGCGAUGGCGGCCCAUUCGGGCCAUACACGGCCCAAAGGUCAGGAAAUCGACCCGUUCGCGGCGUGGAUACCCUACCUGUUUGUGAGUGAAUCGGACGCGGUCUCGUUGGAAUAUAUUGGGUAUUUCGAGCACAUGGAGAAAAUGGAGUCGAUCGGGGCUGGGAAAAUCGGGAAACUUGCAACGAGGCAUUCGAUCGGGAGCAUCGUCUCGUCCGUUAGGGGAAAAGAUUCCGAGGCCGCACAUUUGAUUCCGUCCGCAUAUUUGAGUAUUAAU